GUGACCAUGGCAAGAAAAUGCAAGAAAUGAAUCUAUUAUUGCAUAUUUUUCUUUCUUUUUCUCUGUUUGAGUCCAAAAUCGUUCGCCCAUUUUGAAAAUUCCCAAUUUUUUCUUCAUUUUAGUUGCAGAAAAUCUAGGGGGGGAGGGGAAUUCCAUUAAAAUCUGGGAAUAGUCCGCGAAUUUGUUGCCCGAUAAUGAAGGCGAAAGCGAAUUCAGUAUCAGCAGGAACGGCGGUGGCGGUGCUUAAUCCUCCGCGCAUCUCUGCCGAUCACAAGAGGGAUGCUUAUGGGUUUGCAGUGAGGCCCCAGCAUGUACAAAGAUAUCGUGAAUAUGCUAAUAUCUACAAGGAAGAAGAGGAGGAGAGAUCUGACAGGUGGACAGACUUUCUGGAACGGCAAUCGGAUUUUGCUCAGUUGCCCAUAAAUGGAACAUCUUCAGGCAACACUUGUGAAGAGCUGUCUGAUGAGCCAAUCAAGAAGGAACCAGAUUCUCAUUCUCAGAAUGGUAUUGAAAAUCAAAUGGAGAUAAAAGAGAUACCAACAUCAACUGAGAAAAAAACCCACCAGAUCCAAGUAUGGUCUGAAGUUAGAUCAUCACUUAGAGCCAUUGAGGAUAUGAUGAGCGUGCGUGUUAAAAGGGUAAAUAAAGUCAAAAGUGAGCAAGACUCUGGAAUGGUGGAGCAUUCUUCUACCAUAGAAGAGGCUAAACCCACGAAAGGAGCUCUUGAAGAGGACUCAGAGGAUGAGUUCUAUGAUAUGGAUAGGUCAGAAUCUUUGGACAGAUCAGACUCAGAUUCUCUACAAGAUGUUCCUCUGACUGAGAGUAUUACUCAGGCUGCUUUGUCUCUAGAGUCUUUACCUCCUUGGAAAGAAGAACUGGAGUGCCUUGUUCAAGGAGGAGUGCCAAUGGCUCUCAGGGGAGAGCUUUGGCAAGCCUUUGUUGGUGCAAAGGCUCGUCGAGUGGAGAAAUAUUAUCAAGAUCUGCUUGCUCCAGAAACUAAAUCUGUCAAUAACAUAGAGCUUAAAAGUAAUGUAUCAUUGGAUAAUAAAAGUAGUCUGGAGUCAAGGGCAGACUCUGUAUGUGCUGAGAAAUGGAAAGGUCAGAUUGAAAAGGAUUUGCCCCGAACAUUUCCUGGACAUCCUGCUCUGGAUGAGGAUGGAAGAAAUGCUUUGAGGCGUUUACUUACUGCAUAUGCUCGCCAUAAUCCUUCUGUCGGUUACUGUCAGGCCAUGAAUUUCUUUGCUGCUCUUUUAUUGCUCUUAAUGCCAGAGGAAACUGCGUUUUGGACUUUGGUGGGCAUUUUGGAUGACUAUUUUGAGGGCUAUUACUCGGAAGAGAUGAUAGAGUCUCAGGUUGAUCAACUUGUUCUUGAGGAAUUGGUGCGGGAAAAGUUCCCAAAAUUAGUUAAUCAUCUGGAUUACCUGGGAGUACAGGUAGCAUGGGUCGCAGGACCAUGGUUCCUCUCCAUAUUCAUGAAUAUGCUUCCUUGGGAAAGUGUUCUUAGAGUCUGGGAUGUGCUUCUGUUUGAAGGAAAUCGUGUAAUGUUAUUUCGGACAGCGCUGGCUUUGAUUGAUCUAUAUGGACCUGCAUUGGUGACAACAAAGGAUGCAGGAGAUGCAGUCACUCUGCUGCAAUCACUUGCUGGGUCUACAUUUGAUAGUAGUCAACUUGUUUUGACAGCGUGCAUGGGCUACCAAAAUGUUACUGAAUCCAGAUUACAAGAAUUGAGAAACAAGCAUCGGCCAUCUGUUAAGGCUGCACUCGAAGAGAGAUCUAACGGUUUAAAAGUUUGGAGGGAUUCCCAAGGUCUAGCAUCUAAACUAUACGGUUUUAAUCAAGAUCCUGCAUCUGUGGCUGGAACCAAUAAAACAGAUCAAGCAUUUAAUAGAGACUCCAAUGGUAACAUGGGUCCUUCAUCAGCUAAUGUAGAUGGGCUAUACGAGAGCGUGAACAAGAACAUGGAAACUGAUUCUGGUACAGAUCUUCAAGAACAGGUGGUAUGGCUAAAGGUUGAGAUGUGCAAAUUGCUUGAGGAAAAAAGAUCUGCUGAGCUCAGAGCUGAGGAAUUAGAGACAGCACUAAUGGAGAUGGUCAAGCAGGAUAACCGGCGACAAUUGAGUGCAAAGGUUGAGCAAUUAGAGCAAGACAUUGCAGAGCUCAGGCAGGCUCUUGCUGAUAAACAAGAACAAGAGAAUGCCAUGCUUCAGGUUUUGAUGCGAGUAGAGCAAGAACAAAGGGUAACUGAAGAUGCUCGCAGAUUUGCUGAACAAGAUGCAGCUGCUCAAAGAUAUGCUACACAAGUGCUUCAGGAAAAGUAUGAAGCUGCUAUGGCUUCCCUCUCAGAGAUGGAAAGAAGGGUGGUUAUGGCUGAAUCAAUGUUGGAAGCAACCUUGCAGUACCAAUCUGGUCAAAACAAAACACAACCAUCCCCACGAUCUGCACAGCAAGAUUCUUCCCACGGGCAAUCUAAUCAAGAUUCCCCACAAGAGAUACCAACAAGAAAAAUCAGCCUGCUAUCUAGAUGGCGGGACAGGAAUAAGGGGAAGCCGAGCUCAGAGGAGGCUGGUGAAGAUAAGCCCGUGAAUGAGGUUCAAAGUCCAAGUAAAGAACAGCAGGAGACGAAUGGCCAUCCUGUGGAAGAGAAAGCGUAAGAGUAAGAGUUGGUCCUUCGUCAAAUGAGAUAUCCUCGAAACUCAAAAUUGAUUCUCAGCAGUCUUCCCCUCGUUCCCCGCUUGCUAUAAAUCAAAAAUCAAUUUGUUUGUUCGUUCUAUAGUGGUGAGUAAUAGUUGGAGAGAGGAUACACAUAUAUAAUAUAUAAUAUAUGGCAUAGUAUAAAAUGGACAAAUGAAUAGGUACUGUUUGGUUACGCAAUUGUAUAAGCAUUGGUUUAAUUGUAAUUCUUUUUCCCAGAAUGUAUAAUUCUUGUUGGAUAGACGUGUAGAAUGAUGAAGUAAUAAUAUUUGGUGUUUACAAACUU